CCCCAUAAUGCGAUAUUGUUUUUUCUCCAGAGCCACAUUGCAAACACAAAUAUUGUGUGGAUAUUUGACUUCAUAUAAAAGAAAAUCAAUCUUUAGGAAUUAAUUAAUAAUGGAUAUUUCAUCUGAACUCAAAAAUAAAGGAUGGCAUUUAUCGAAGGAAGGAUUAGAAAUGUGCCAAGAAGGUUUAGACAGAGUAACUGCAUCUGCAGUUAUUCAAAAAGCAUUAAAUAUGGAUUUGCGAGACAUUGGAGGAAAUUUUUUCCCAGAAGAUAUGAAAGCAGCUAAAUUAGAAUCAAUUUCAGGUCCUGGUGUUGUUCAAAUUCAAAAAAUUAAGAAUGCUAGUGCUCCUAAGUAUGAAUAUGGCUCUGGUGCACCACCAAUAUUAAGACUUCUCUUAACUGAUGGAAAUACCUUUGUAAAUUGUUUACAGUGGGGUGCAUGGAAAUCAGUAAGUAUGGAUACACCUCCAGGAACAAAAAUUUAUUUGAAACCUGGGAAAAUUAUGAUGCAAAACAGUUUCAUGCUGUUAAGUGAAACACAAUUUACUUUUCUUGGUGGAUGUGUUGCACCUAUGGUGGAAAAAUGGGAACUGUGCAAACGUCUUGCUUCUCAUGUACGGACAAAGGAGAAUUUAGAUGGCACUGGUCCACCACCAUGGAUUCCAUUUGGAAAACCUAUUAACACCACUAAAACAAAGACAAGUAAUUUCCGUGCUUUAGAACAAGAUGGGAAAGAAGCCAAAGAAAAUGCAUCUUUCAAACAACAGAGAUUAGCCAACAUUGCUGAAGUUUCAAGGGUCAAAGAGGGAAAACCAAAAGUAUUUGGUGGUGGUAAAGAUGUUAAGCCAAUGAAUGCAAAAUCAGAUUCUAAUUUGCAAUCUAACAAUAAUCCAAAUGAAUCUGGAUACAAUAGACCUCCACGAAACUUUAGUGAAUUUGAAGAUAAUCAAUCGUCAAGAAAUCAGGAUAAUAGGUAUGACAAGAAUCGGUCAAAUCAAGAUUUUAACAAACCUCAGUCACAUGAUGGAUCUUCUAAUUAUGGGCAGCAAUUCUCAAGGGAUAAAAGAAAUGACCAAAGAAAUAAAUCUAAUACAAAUGGAUAUUUCAAUGAUAAAAAUCAAAGAACUUAUCAACAAAAAACAUUCAGUAACUCUUAUCGUGAAAAUGCAGAUAAUGCAAAUCCUUCUCGAAGAUUCCAAAAAUCUAAUUAUAAUGAAUCUCAAACUCAAAGAGCUACAGCCAAUGAUAGGUAUCACAACAAUGACAGAAGAAGCAAUAAUAUUGAAGAUAUAACUCAGAAAACUUCUCAAAUAAAGUUGCAUGGAUAUGAUAAUCAAAACUCUGGUCAAGUUUUUGUUGCAUCCAAACCUUUCCUUAAACCUGGUGUUGAAGUUAUGGCCAAAUACUGGGAAGAUAAUAAGUUUUACCGUGCUACAGUCCAUGCAGUUGGUAAAGAAGGAACUACAUGUGUUGUACAUUUCAUGGAAUAUGGAAACUAUGAAGAAGUUCUAAUCGAUGAUGUUCAGCCAUUGCAAGUACAUACUGGACACAGUGGAUGGGAUGUAGGACCAAUUUCAUUUCGACCAAGCCAUUGGGAGAAUAAUCGUAAUCAAGAUUUUCCGCCCAUUUCAGAGUUUCAUCACAAUUCUAACAGAAGUCAUAGCCAACAACAUGGGCAUCAAGAAAGGCAAAGGACUCCUAGACAAGAUAGACCUUCUGCAAAACUGUAUCAGCCACCACAUCAGCGUCAAACAUCUUAAUUUCACGUCCAGAAGCAUGGAUGCAGUAUUAAAUAUUUUGACAUAAGUUAUUAACCAUUUAAUUGUAAUUCAACAUGGGUCAUAUCUUUGUAAUAUAAAAACAAGAAUGAUUCUAUUUAUACUUCUUUUUUAAAAGUUUCUAGUACAACAAAAAACAUGUUUGUACAUAUUUCUCAUGAAUGCUAAAAAAGCAAUCUGUACACAAUCUUUUAUAGUAUAAGUGUGAUAUACCAUAGAGUAAUCCCAAUAAAUGUACUAUUUACUGGAAUCGGUGUUUCUUAGUCAAAAAUAUAAGAAAUGAAUUAAUUGACUGUGACAAAUAUAUAAAUUUCAUGCCAUCUCUAAAAUG